GAAGUGAAAUGUGUUUACAUUUUGCGUAGCAGACAGCAGAUUGAUGUUAAUAACGAUUUUCUUAAUCAAGUGUUUAAUUAUUUGUCAAUGACAGCACAAAAUGGUUGAACCAAUAUUUGACUUUCAGUUUAGACUCAUUCUUAUAGGAGACAGCACUGUAGGAAAAUCUUCAUUAUUGAAAUAUUUCACAGAUGGCAAAUUCUCAGAACUUUGUGAUCCCACGGUUGGGGUAGACUUUUUCGCACGGCUUAUUGAAGUAAAGAACGGGAUCAGAGUGAAAUUACAGCUUUGGGAUACAGCUGGACAAGAGAGAUUUAGAUCAAUUACAAGAUCGUAUUACAGAAACUCAGUGGGAGUCUUGAUUGUGUUUGACAUUACUAAAAGACAAAGCUUUGAGAACAUAACUGGCUGGCUGGCAGAGGCUAAAUUUCAUAUAGAACCACAUCAGGCAGUAUACAUGAUUGUUGGACACAAAGCUGACUGUGAAUCAGAGAGACAAGUGUCAUCUAGAGAAGCCUCACAAUUUGCACAAUUAAAUGGAUUGAAAUAUAUUGAAACUUCUGCAAGGAAUGGGCAGAAUGUGGAAGAAGCAUUCCAGAUACUGGCAAAAGAUGUGUACAAGUUAUUGGAGGAAGGGAGGGUAAAAAUGCAAGAGGGGUGGGAUGGUAUAAAACCAGGAUUUAGCAGAGGGGAGGAAAAUGUGCAUCACCUUGAAGAAGAGGAGACAGAGAAGAGUAAAUGCUGCUAAAUGAUUGUCAUCUUAACAAUAAGUUUUUUCGUCAACCUCAAGUUCACCAAGAUCACAAAACAAGGGUCUGCAUUCAAAGGAGAGGUCAUCCUACUUUCCAGAUUUUUGGAAGUAUAGAAUGACUCAAGUCUUUACUACUAAAUCAGAGUUUUUAAAAGGAGUUAAUCAGAAGUACUAAUUUUAAUCAAACUAUAAAACAGGUCUGCUUGUCAAACUGUUAGAACAAAUGUCCGAAAUUCAGAACAAACUAGCUAUUACCAGUACAAAGAAAUGUAAGGAUGUUAAUUAAAUUGUUAGCCUCAUAAGGCCUAUAAGUGUUUGCUUAGGGUAACCAAACCCUACAUAGCAUAAAAUUCCACACUGCAGAUUUUUUCCCCAAAGAAAAUUAUCAAAAGAGGGGGAUAAAUGCAAAAUUUAAUGGACUGUUCAGUUUGUCAGUACAAUCUCCUUUGUUUUCUAUCACAAUUUAAGUUUCUUACCUUCGUAACAGAAAUGUUUCUGAUGUUCUAAAAGAAAAAAAAACCCCUACCUACAACUUUUGGGGGUAUUUUAACCCAAAACAAACAUUUUUAGGCCUAAACUAAGUAUGUCUGAUUUGUGCUGAACAAUAAAAAAAUGCAUUUUAUGUAGACUUUUUAAUACUUACUGUUGUAGCAAGCACCCUCUUGGUGAUACGUUUCUAUGUGUUAAGGUUAGAAUAUAGAUCUAUGGCACAUUAACUAGUCAGUCAUAUUGCUGUGUAACUGCACUUGUAUGGCUGAAAAUCACUUUCCAUCAGAAGUCAUAACAUGGUGUGUUCUUCCAAAUCAUCACAAGUCAGUUUUUAGCGUGAAAAAUCUUAGUUGUGCACUUAACCUUUAGCCUGUUAGUGGUGAGUAAUUUUUUGCCUUUGCAACCAGUGCAGACCAAGAUCAGCCUGUUUGCUAUUCAGUCAGUAAAUUUAAAGUGAACACUCCUUUGAAUAAGAAGUGGUACUGCCGAGAUUGAAUGAUGGACCAGUACAUUUUAGAAAUUUAGCAGGGUAAAGGUUAAAUUACAUUGUACUUUACUUUAUUUCAUUAUCUGUGAAAAUACUGAAGUCUAUAACUCCUUUGAAAGCUGCAAAAUGAUAACAUUACAAAACCAUGAAUGUUCAUUUCUUGGAAAUGCAUUCUUCCAAAAAAAAAAACUUUAUCUUAUAAUGAAAAAGUUUCAGUGACCUUAUUUUCCUCCUGUUCAAAUGGAUUGGAUUACAAACACUAUUGAGUAGGAAAUACAGUAUAACAUUAUAUGAGCUAUAUUAUCACAUCAUGAACUGAUGAUUAAAAAGGAAAAGAAUUAUUGAUCUGUGGUUUUCUCGAACACAGUUUGUAUCACUUUAAGGCACUUAAAAGUAUAUGAGACUUUUUGUAGAUUUAGAUUUUUGCCAGUCUUGAAAAGUAACUUAACCAUUAGCCUGCUGGCAAGUGAUUCUGUCUUUGCGAGCAGUGCAGACCAAGAUCAACCUGCACAUCUGUGCAGUCUGAUCAUGGUCUACACUGUUUGCCAUUCAGUCGGUUUAUUUUUGGAAAGCACCCCUUUUAACAGUUAACGGUACUGUCCAAAUUGAAACAUGGACAAGUUCAUUAUAGAAAUUUAGCAGGGUAAGGGUUAAACUGACAUACAAGAUUUUUUUAAACAACAGUGAUGAUACAUUGUCUUUUUCUUUAGGUUGAGAAGUUAUACUCGUUCCAUUUUAAUGAGAGGGAAGCUUUCAUCAGUCAGUUUCAUACAGUCGUGUACAUGUAAUCAUUGUUUAGUCAAUUCAUCAUUAGAAAACAUCAGGUUUGUUUAAAUUUAGGCUAGAAUAUUUUGUGAUUUGUUUCUCAGGCUUUGUUUUAGGCUAGAAUAACAUGCAAUUUUUAUUUCUCUGGCUUUAAUCUGAUUUGAAGACCUUAACAUAAUGUGCCUCACACAGAAAAAGGCAAAGAAAAGUUGAUAUAAUAUAAGAGAAAACAGGAAAAAUAUAAGAGCAGACAGGACAAUAAUUUGAAAAAAAAAGAGAGAAAAAAAAAUAUUAAUGUCUUUCUUUCAAAAAAAAUGUCUUUCAGGUCAUGCAGAUUUCCACUAGAAUUGACAUAACAUCAGGAUUUGUUCCUCUUUUUCCAAAUACCAACAGACUAUUUUUUCCCUAAAGAACAGACACAGGUCGCUUUAUCUCCACAUUAGUAAAAAAAAAAGUGAAAAUAAUUUCUUGCAUGAUUGAUGUAUGAUUAUAUCCUUUGAAAUCUGACUGAAAAAGUAAAGAUUUACCAGUAGAUCAAAAAUGACUUCCCCCAAAAUCUUUAUGGACUAAUUUUGCAGUUGUUUUUUUUUUUUUCGUGAUAGAGAAGAAAAACUGUUAGAAACUCGAGUUUACAAUGUGGUUUUAGAUGAUCAAAGUAGUUUUAAAGAAAAUGAUAUUAUACAAGUUCAAUAAAUGUGGCAUAUUUCAGUGUUAAAACACUGCCAUUGUUGAAAUAUUUACAUUUAAACAUAAAGGGGCAAGCCUUCAGAUUUAAGUGAAAUUUUUCUAUCUAUAGAAUUCCUUUCAGUAGUUUAAAUAGAAUUCAUUUUGUUAGCUUUAAUAUUACAUAAAAAGUAAAAAUUAUUUUUCCAUGUCAGGGUGGCCAUUUACCUUAGUAUGUGACUUUUGUACACAUGGAGAAAACUUUCCAUUAGGCAAACGAGAUGUUUCUCCAUAUGUACGGUAUCCAGAAGUCACGUGGUUUGGCCACCUUGCAUAUAUUACUGUGAAAUCAUUAAAAUUCAUGGAAAACCAAACAAGUAAAAUUCCUGUUUUAUAUUCAAAAUUUGAAAUCCACAAAUUCAGAUCCCCACGAAAUACCGGUAGUACCGGUAGUACAUGUAGUUUUUGCUUUAACUACCAAAUUUAAUACCCGCAAAAUUAAAUGGUUUCACAGUACUUUCAGUUUCAAACAUAUUGGGCUUUUGUUUUUCAUCAGAAGGCAAUUCCCAGCAAUAUGUUUAUUAUUUGCAUGUUUUUAGUCAUAUCACUUUUAGACUGUGUAUACAUGAUUAUACCCUAUUAAUGCUUUUUGAAUUAUUUAAAUUUAUACACUAUUUAUAAUUAUUUUACAUUGUGAUAAUGAUAAAAUAUGUGCCAUCAAUAGUGGCUUUUAUAUGUUACAAUGUAUUCUAUAUUAAGUUAUAACCUUUGUUGCAAAAUGUUUAACCAUAUUUAGUGUAUUACAACCUAUACUCCAGUCUCAUAAGAAAUUUUAUCAGUGGGGUAGUUUGACGUUAUGUUGAUUGAUAUAGGUGCUGACGUGAGUGACAAUUUGAGGCUUACUUAACUUUUCAAUGUCUUGCACAAAGUUUUGAUUCCUGGCUUUACUUUCAUACCUGGUCAGCAUUUACAAAGUAGAACACCCAUGGGACAAUAUUUUACUGAGAAUUCUAACAUUUUUAAGAUUUCUUUUAUAUAAACAAAGAAGGAUUUUACCAUGUAUUGUCUUGUCGAUUAAAACUCGUUUCGUUAAAUGACCUUUAUUCCGGUUUAAAGUAGUUCUGCAUGUUUGGAUCGUAAUUGUUUCUACAAUGUAGAAUUUGAUUAAACUCUGAUUUUUCAAAACUUCAGAAUAUACCUAGAAAAUUCAGCAAAUAAAAGAGAUAGGGUCAUGUGCUUGAUGUUUUGCUAGACAGAUUUGAAAAAGUUGGACCUCGCGCAAUAUUUCGUAAUGGGAGUCUAAUGGAAAAUCAUAUCUUUCAUAACAUUUUCGCGAAUAGAAAUUUUUCUACAGUGUAGAUUUUGAUGAAACGUCUCACAGUUGUAAAUAAACACAUGGCCUACAAUUUGGUGAAAUAAAAUGUAUAGGUCCAUGUGCUUAUUUUUGAGAUAUUUGACCAUGAUUAAAGUGAAUCAGACAUUUCACGCUAAUUUUAAGACAUUAUUUUGAAUUUUUAAACAUUACAUGUGUUUAAAUAUUCUCAUUUGACUUUAGAAAUAUAACAACAGUGUCAUUGUAAUAAAUUUACUCACAGGUUUCGAUUAAUUCAUUUCCGUACGCCGAAUCCAGGCUUUAUCCUACGUUUUCCGAAAAAAAUGACGUUACACUAUUACUUCCGGUGUAUCAAACAUUCAGAACUACCUUAAAACAGCAUUUUAUCAAUGAAAAUUCAGAUUAGUAUCCCUUCCUGGUGUAAUUCAGAUGUGUUAGAAUGGAAAUAGAUUUUAGUUUUGCGUACUUUGUUGGCAAAUAAAACACAUUGUUUGUUCAGCUGCGUCGUAAUUAAUUAGAUUACUAAGCAUCUGAACUCAAAACUGUGUUUUUAUUUGCCGACAAAGGAUGCAAAACUAAAAUCUUUUUCCCAAACAAAGUUUUAAAGCAACUCAUUUGCACUUUUUAGGCAAUUUUUUUCACUCUCUCUCAGAAAUUGAUUAAAAUGUGGGUACAGUGAAAGUGACCAGUGGUUCAAACUUACUGACAUUAUUUUUGCAAAUAAAAAAUAUGCAGAAGGGAGUAAACUAUUUGUAAUGCUUUUGAUUAUAGUGGAGAAAAUCAAUAUACUUCUUGUAUUUUUACCAAUAUCUUACAUAAACUUUCACUCUAUCAUUUUUCAUUGUCAUAUAUACAUUCUGUGACAAACUUUGUAGAAAUGAACAUCUUGGGGGAAAAAAUGACACCAGCUGUGAUGGAGAAGCUUUAAUCAGACCUGUAAUUAUUUAUUGACAAACCCUAGGCCAGAUUUUGCAGAAAGUCGGGGGAUGCGUACAUGGGUGCGCAUUAUACAUGGGUAUCAACGGUACUCUUUUCAAAUGGACACAGAUACUGUUCUUAUAAAGGUUUUAAAAGGCGAGUAUUUCAUGACUAUGGAAAGGCAUGAAAAGGUGCAUGAUGACUGACAUGUAUGUGAAAUAAAUGCCAUACAUGUGUAACUGUCUAAAUGUUGUGGCUUUCUUUCAAAAUGCUGCAUCCAAGUCUUCUUUCACUCUCUGGCUGUAUUUAUUAUUUGUGAUGUAACUUUUCUGUUGCUGUGUUUCAAGGGUAAUAUUCUACUUACUGGUAUUAAAAGGCCUGCAGACCUGAAAAGAAAUAUUGAGCGAUUUCACUGAAGAUAAAUAUUUAGAUAUUGGCAUGAGAUAACAUUAUAAAAUAUAGAUUGUUUAUUCAUAUGUUAAAAUGAUUGAAUGAGAUGUUGUAGAUAAAAUGUAACAUGUAUGUGUAUUUGUAUCUGGUUGACUCAGAUGCGUGAUAUUUUAGGUCAGAAAAAAAAGUGAUAUACCUUUUGUGAAAUUGCAAGGUUUCUAUGGCAUGAUACUUGUAGUUAAUAUGUCAUGUAAAUUUUUAAAUGAUAUUAACCUUGAACUUACUCAGUCUUGUUUACUCCCAAGGUUGUAAAAAAUCAGUUUGGAGACGAGUUUCAGAAUGCAACCUUGCUAUUGGUCAGUUUAAAGGUUAGAGGUCAUGUUUAACCAGUCAAAUGUCCUAUUGGUCAGUUUAAAGGUUAGAGGUCAUGUUUAACCAAUCAAAUGCUUGAGUUUUGAAACUGGUCUCCUGAAAGAUUACUUACUAACUAAAUGUUAGUCUAUAGUUUAGUAAUAAAGAAAAAAAAUCCAGGAAAAUAAAUCCAAACAAAAAAUACAAGGUUAUUCCUUUUGUUUUCAAACAUUGAUCUCUAUGUAUUCAUAUCCCCACGAAAUAGCCAUUUUGCAAAAACCAUGAAAUGUUAUGCCUGUGAAAUGGAAUGUUUAUACAGUAUGGGAUUUUCAUUUUAUACAGGUAAAAUUGAAAUACCUUUGCUAAAUCUAGUUUUAAUAACUGCCUUAAGACAAAAGAUAAAACUCUGAUAUUGUGUAAGUGUACUGAGCCACAUUAAAGAAUUGGGAGUUAGAUAUGGAAUCCAUUUUAGAGUGUAGGUAAUACAAUGUAUAUGCAGCUUUAAACUCGCUGAGAAGCUUGUUGAAUUUUAAAUUUGUUCAGUCUGUGUCAAUGAAAUGCUUGAAUCUAUUGCUGCUGAUGGUUGAUGGGUUGAUGUCUACAGCUUAUUUUUAUUCUGUUGCUUUUUACUUCAUAACAAACAUAUUAUUAAAUGAACUUAACUGGGCAAUAUAUCUGAUAUACAGGUUGCAAUUUAUCUAGUGGAUUUGAUAAUUUUAUUGAUGAGAAAUUUUAGAGUUUUUAUAAUGGAAUCCUGUUAAUAGGAAAUCUGAAUAUUGUAGUCCACAUACCAUAUAUCUCAUUAUAUUUUGUUUUACUUUUUGCUUGUGUGCAAUAUAUUUGAUGUUGAAAACUAACUGUUGUAGUAUAUAUUUCUGUGAAAUCAUUUUUUAUUUGUGAUGAUUAUAUUUAAAGCAUUAUUAUUUUUAAUGAACUGUCUGUAAUUUUCAUGGAAUUCAUAGUUGCUUUCAGUCAAAAAAGUAAAUCUCAAUGAACAAUUGUAAAUUCCCAUACAAUUUACCUUCAAAAGUUGACAUCCACAAUUUUAUAUCGACAUCAAUAAGCCACUACGGCCAAAACCUCGAAAUUUGAUGCCAACGGAAUAAAAUGGAUUUACAGCCAUGGAAUAAAAUGAAUUUACAGUAAAUGUUGAAAAUGGUGACUAUGAAUCGCCAUGUGGUGUCUUUAAGUAUGAAACUUGCAUCUGUAUGUAAUUUCCUCCUUAGUUUAGUAUAUCACCUUAAUAUCAGUAAUUUAUUAAAGAAUCAAAAGCCUAAUGAAUAGCAUCAUGUACAUUGUGUGUGAAAGGUCUUGUGCAUCUGUCUAUAGGAGCAGAUAGUCUUAAUAAUGUGAUUCUUGGAUGAUAACUUGUGAUUGAAAAGAAUUAGAACAACUUGCCUAACCUUGUACAAUUGUCAGAGGUGACUGUUAGGCCUGAACAAUUGGUUUUGCUGUAUCUCUGUGGUUCCAACAGGUAUAAAGUUCUAAUUCCAUAUCAUAUUUUUUUUUUUUUUUGAUGUUAGAUUUGAAACCAAAAUUUUUAGUCUCGUUUAGCACCAUAUAACCUGUACUGUGCUGGUGUGCUGUAAAGCCAAAAUCAAAACAGGAAGGGAUCAUGUCGCUUCAUUUUGAACUUCUUUCCUAUAAUGAACUUACAUUAAGUCUUUCUUGUCAAGUUUUGAGUUUAACUGAUGUUGAAUCAUGAAAAAGAACACAUAAAUUGUUUUACAAGUUAAAAUUAUAAUAAUAGAGGUUGUGAUUUCAUGUAUCUGUGAGCAGUAAAUCCCCGUACCUAGCAAUAAUGGUGUACUGUCUAUGAUUUUUUAGAUAAAUUUAAUUAAAUUGCUCGCUACAGAUAAUCUGCACAUUAGAAAUGUGUAAGUUUGCAUUUACAGGUGCAUUUAAGUGUGUAAGGUUAUAGAGUAAAACCUGUCUUAAGCAGCCAGCCAAGGGAGUGAGAAAAUGUGUCUGCUUACAGCAGGUGGCUGCUGAAUGCAGGUAAUUUAUAGAUAAUAACCAUUAUACCAUUAUAAUGACCAUUUUGGGAAAUGAGACACUGGCUGCUUAAGACAGGUUGGCUGCUUAAUAGAGGUGACUGCUAAAGCAGGUUUUACUGUAUGCUAUAAAUAACUUGCAAUGUUCUGACUUUAGACAUUUUUGAAGCCUACAUAUUUAUUUAAUUGUACAAGUAUGAAAUCACAAUCUUUUAUUAUACAGACCAUUAUGUUGACUGUUUUAAUUGAUAUCAACAUGAUGAAUAUGUAUGAAGGAUAAAGAUAGUGCUUUAAAAAAAUGUCAGUAUUGAGAGGAAGUUAUAUAUGCAGUUAUAUGCUCAAAAUUAGAUGUGCUUACACACCUGUGUUGUGUUUACCAGUAUUACUCGUAUUUAGUCUUUCAUUUUGUAGAUCGAAGUAAAUAGUGCAUCAUAAUGGUAAAAAGGAUCAUCUUGCUGAAAGAGGUGUAACUUGAAAAAUGAUGUAGUAGAUAUUGAAGGUCAUACUGAUUUUAUAGUCAUAUUGAUUUAAACUUUGUGCUGAUUUUACAUUGGUGUAUCUUUUCUGAUACAUAAUUCAUUUUGCUAUAAAGUUACAUUGAUAGUAUAAACUAUACUAUAAACAUUGUAAUAAUGUUUUACGUAAUAAUUUUUGGUAUGGUACAUUAAUUUUGUACAUUAUGAAAGUUUAUAUUUGUUGUACAAAACAGUCUAGAUAAUGAUAAUCUAUUAUAAUCAAGACUUCUAUAAUUUUUGCAAAAUGGUCCUUUUUUACAUGACAACACAUAUAUAUAUAUAUAGUAUAUAUUCCUUAGCAGCGCUAUUAUUUAAUUUGCUGUAGUUUGAUCUUUAAUCCUGAUGCACCAUUACAUGAAUGUUUAAGAUCUGUUUAUAUACUCCAUACUACUUAAAGGGUAAGGACAGCCUGAAAAUGAGUUUAAUUUAUAUGAAAGCCAUCAUCAAGCCUUUCAUAACGCUGAAAGAAUUUUUAAAAUCGGACAACUAUUGAAAAAGAUAUGGCAGUUUGAAAUUUAAGAAAAUGGCUGAUAAUGGAGGCAUCCAUUUUAGUGUGUUUAUGACAUCAUUUAUACAGUGCUGAAUACUUGAUUUAGCAAAUGACCUUUUAAAAGACUGAUUUUUAUAUGUUUCUUGAGUGUAAGGUGUAAAACAUGAUAAUUUUUUUCCUUAUAGCUAGAAAAAGUAGAGAAAUUAUUUUACAUUAAUAAGUAAAUGCAUUUCAGAUGUGUAUUUAAAAAUUUAAUAAAUCCGCCAUUUUGUUUUUAGCUCACCUGAGCAAUGCUCAGGUGAGUUUUUCUGAUCGCUCGAUGUCCGGCGUCCGUCGUCCGUCGUCUGUCGUCUGUCGUCUGUCGUCUGUCGUCUGUCAACAUUUAGCUUGUGUAUGCGAUAGAGGCUGUAUUUUUCAAUUAAUCUUCAUGAAUAUUGGUCAGAAUGAUAACCUUGAUGAAAUCUAGGCCGAGUUCGAAAAUGGGUCAUCUCGGGUCAAAAACUAGGUCACUAGGUCAAAUCAAAGAAAAACCUUGUGUAUGCGAUAGAGGCUGUAUUUUUCAUUUAAUCUUCAUGAAUAUUGGUCAGAAUGAUAACUUUGAUGAAAUCUAGGCCGAGUUCGAAAAUGGGUCAUCUCGGGUCAAAAACUAGGUCACUAGGUCAAAUCAAAGAAAAACCUUGUGUAUGCGAUAGAGGUGGUAUUUUUCAAUUAAUCUUCAUGAAUAUUGGUCAGAAUGAUAACCUUGAUGAAAUCUAAGCCGAGUUCGAAAAUGGGUCAUCUCGGGUCAAAAACUAGGUCACUAGGUCAAAUCAAAGAAAAACCUUGUGUAUGCAAUAGAGGCUGUAUUUUUCAAUUCUUCUUCAUGAAUAUUGGUCAGAAUGAUAACCUUGAUGAAAUCUAGGCCGAGUUCGAAAAUGGGUCAUCUCGGGUCAAAAACUAGGUCACUAGGUCAAAUCAAAGAAAAACCUUGUGUAUGCGAUAGAGGUGGUAUUUUUCAAUUAAUCUUCAUGAAUAUUGGUCAGAAUGAUAACCUUGAUGAAAUCUAAGCCGAGUUCGAAAAUGGGUCAUCUCGGGUCCAAAACUAGGUCACUAGGUCAAAUCAAAGAAAAACCUUGUGUAUGCAAUAGAGGCUGUAUUUUUCAAUUCUUCUUCAUGAAUAUUGGUCAGAAUGAUAACCUUGAUGAAAUCUAGGCCGAGUUCGAAAAUGGGUCAUCUCGGGUCAAAAACUAGGUCACUAGGUCAAAUCAAAGAAAAACCUUGUGUAUGCGAUAGAGGCUGUAUUUUUCAAUUGAUCUUCAUGAAUUUUGGUCAGAAUGAUUGCCUUGAUGAAAUCUAGGCCGAGUUCGAAAAUGGGUCAUCUCGGGUCAAAAACUAGGUCACUAGUUCAAAUCAAAGAAAAACCUUGUGUAUGCGAUAGAGGCGGUAUUUUUCAAUUGAUCUUCAUGAAUUUUGGUCAGAAUGAUUGCCUUGAUGAAAUUUAGGCCGAGUUCGAAAAUGGGUCAUCUGGGGUCAAAAACUAGGUCACUAGGUCGUAUCACGUAAAAACCUUGUGUAUGCGAUAGAGGCUGUAUUUUUCAAUUGAUCUUCAUGAAUUUUGGUCAGAAUGAUUGCCUUGAUGAAAUUUAGACCAAGUUCGAAAAUGGGUCAUCUGGGUUCAAAAACUAGGUCACUAGGUCAAAUCAAAGAAAAACCUUGUGUAUGCAAUAGAGGCUGUAUUUUUCAACUGAUCUUCAUGAAAUUUAGCCAGAAUGAUUACCUUGAUAAAAUCUAGGCUGAUUUCGAAAAUGGGUCAUCUGGGGUCAAAAACUAGGUCACUAGGUCAAAUCGAAGAAAAACAUUGUGUAUGCAAUAGAGGAUGUAUUUUUCAAUUGAUCUUCAUGAAAUUUGGUCAGAGUGAUUGCCUUGAUGAAAACUAGGUCGGUUUUGAAUAUGGAUUAUCUGAGGUCAAAAGCUAGGUCACUAGGUCAAAUUAAAGAAAAAUCUUGUGUAUGCGAUAGAGACUGUUUUUUUCAGUUGAUAUUUAUGAAAUUUGGUCAGGUUGAUUGCCUUAAUGAAAUCUAGGUUGAAUUUGAAUAUGGGUCAUCUAGGGUCAAAAACUAGGUCAUAUCUAAGAAAAUGCUUGUUUUAUCGCAAGAGACCAAUUUUUUUGUCCAAUCUUAAUGAAAAUUGGUCAGAAUAUUUGUUUCCAUGAAAUCACUAAGUCAAACAUGUUUUACACUGUUAUGGAGUGUUUCUUAGGUGAGCGACCUAGGGCCAUCUUGGCCCUCUUGUUUGUUGCCAUGGAAACAGAAUGGCCGCUAAUUUGACCAAAUAUGUAAAUGCUCAUAACUGUCUCAUUUUUACUCCAAUUUUGAAAAUUCUUUCAAUUCUUUAAAUGAUUUAAGAAAUCCCAGCUGACAAAAUCAACAUUAGAGCAACGUUGCCUUUCCCUUUAAAGAAAAAAACUCUUAAAAUUUGCACAAACAUUGUCUUGCAAAUUUCAUCCGAUUAUACCUGUUUGUGAAAUGUUGAAUUUGUUGCUUCACAAAAAUGAAACCAGAAAAAAUGCAUUUCGAUAGUUUUCCAAAAAAAAAAUUAAUUUGCAAGAGAUGAAGCUUGAUAAUGUUAGUGAAAUUUAGUUGUUACUGAUAAUGAUUGCUUUAUAGUAUACAGACAUGUUCAUUCAUUGGAGGUUAUUUUAUAUUAAAUAUCUAGCUCCCCUUUUGCUUUAUAGAGUAGAGAAAAUUUCCAUGCUUUAAACUUAGACAUUUUGAAUUUCAUACACUUUUCAUUAUCUCGAAGAACAAUUCUGGUACUUCAAGAAUUUCAAAAGAAGCUAGGGUUUGUAAUUCAUAUUGAACAGCUGUUUUCAGGCUGAUUGACUUUACUUAAAAUUGACACCAAAAAUUGUGCUUUUGGCAUAAUUAUGACCUAUAUUCACAUUAUAAAUUCCUCUGGAAUUAGCAGUAUAACAUAAAGGAAAAAAGAUUGAGAGAUAACCAUUUUCCUUGUUAGGGCUUUUUAGCCUUUAGCAUGCCUUUUACAGUAUUAAUUAUGGUACAUGGAAAUUGCUAGAGAAAAUUGCCAUCCUUAGAUGUUUGAAAUGAAAAGAAUGGUUUAUGCUAAAUUCAGACAAUUUUAUCAUAAUUGAUCAUUUCAUUAUUAGUUAAAAUACACAGUAGUUCCUUUCAGUCUUUACUGUUAUUCUUUUGUUGGGUCAAUACAUUUUAUUAAAUACCUAAAUAUAUCUUGCUCUUUCAAGUUGCAAUAUUUAUUAACAUAUUGAAAAAUAUCUAAAAUUAUACCAGCAAAGUCAGCAUCUAAAUAUUGUGAACAUAUAGUUCUUUUCAUUAAGAAGUAAUGGUCAAUAUUUGUUUUUGAUAAGGGUAACUAUGUAACCAUAACUUUGUGCUCACGCAACAAUAAAGAAAAACUGUUUUUAUAGUCAUGUACUUCAUAAUUAAUGAGGAGAGAAAAUAGUAUUGUUAUUUUUCAGUUUUUUGAAAUGAAAAUUGGAGUAUAUAGUUAUUUAAUGGUAAAUGCACAAUUUACCUGUAACAAUACAUGCCACAUGUUUUACCAGGGAUAAUUUCCUUAAUGGUUGUGCAAAAAUUCAACUGAAACUAAAGUUUAACUGCAAUAUCAGUGUGCUAAUUUUUUAGUUUCAGAUAUUUUGGUCUCAAAAUAUAUAAACCCCACCGGAAUGUAUUGAGAUUUCAUGUUUGUUAUUUAAUGUGCUCAUUAAAUGUGCUUCAUACAGUAACAA